UCCAAACAUUGUGUGUUAUGAUAUAUUGUAUAUAUAGAGCACAAUACAGUGUAUACGUCAUUGACAAAUAUCACAUCAGUAGGUAUUACUGCUGUUAAGAUAUUUAUAGUCACUACUUCAUCCUCUUGUUUUAUUGGGUGUUAAUAAUCUACUUCUUAAUGAUUAUUUCAAUAAAUUAUUUAACUAGUUAUGUUGAUUUACCAGUAAUUAUUUUUUGACUUAUAUGUUUUUAGUACAAUAAAAUAGAUACUGAGUUCAUAAGAGGUCGAUUUGAAAAAAUAUUCAUCCCUCGAAAUAUAAAUAUACUAGUAGACAGCUACUGACGCCUCUGUUUAUAUUUUAUAUAUCUUGAGGUGCACAUUUUUCAUAUCACCCACACAGGAAUGCAAUAUUUAUAUAAUAUAUCAUCAGAACUAUUCAAGCCACUAAGUUCGAAGUUCCCAUAUUUUUUGACUGCAUUUAUUUUGGAAUGAAUUGCCCAAAAACACUGUAAUUAUUGAAUGCUACUUAAGAGGAAAAGAAAAAAACCUCAUUGUUACCAAAAAAUACCCAUAUGUGUUUUGAAGUGUUCACACAAACCUUGAAAAAGUCCUUGAAUUUGAUGCUAGUCCUUGAAACCUACUUGAAAUUUAAUUAAUAAAACCCUUAAAAAGCGAAAUAAAAAAUAUGCAAACAUCUGACAUAUACAGUAAAAAAUUAGAAUAUAAUAAUCUCAGUGUCCUUUUCUAGAAUGCAGCUAGUGGAAGUCCGAGGGAAAAGUACUAGAAGUCUUAGGAAAGUGUUCGUUUUGCUGACUACAGAUAUGGUAGCAGUAUUUACUCUGUACAAGGAUUUAUGCAGGAGUUAACCCAUCAAACUUGUUCCUGUUUGGAAACACUAGCAUUGCAACUCUUGAUGGAUGUGAAGCAAUGCGAAUAUGUACAUCUGCAUGUCCUGGACUUGUGAGACCAGAUCUUAUCAGAACACGCCUCCUGCGCAGAUAUAUGGCAACAACGUGUCAGGUAAUGGAUAUGAGUGGAGAUGAGCUGAAACUUGUGGCUGACCAUAUGGGUCAUUCUCUGAAAAUACAUACAAAUAUUUAUAAGACACAAAAUUCCAUAUUGGAAAGAACAAAGGUAGCAAAAGCACUAAUUGCUAUGGAGAAUGGUGAAUUAGGGAGAUUCAGAGGAAGAAUGUUGGAAUCCAUAGAUAUUGAUGAAUUGCCAACGCCAAGAGAAGAAGAAGAAGAACUCGAUUUUAUCGAGGCAGAGGAAGUGAAUGGGGGAACAGAGGAUGAUCAUCAAGAUACGGAACAGGAAGUGGAUCAACAGUUACAGCCCAAAGAUAAAAGAUUAUCACAAGGUAUUAAUUUGUAGCUGCACUUUUUGGAACAUUUUGAUGUUUCUGUGGACCUUGAUGUUCACCUAACUCUGAACCAAACUAUUGAGCAUGUGGUUUCAAGUAAGGGUCAUGCAGUGAGAUCAGUUUUCAGAUUUCAUGUCAGCUCUGUUUCUUGUUGGCACCUGAAAGGAUGUUCAGAUAACUUGGCACAAAUGUUAACAAUAAUAUGACAAUGUGUACUUGAAAUUUCAAAUUAUUUUAAACUACAAUAUGUUCUGUCUGAAUGCAAAUAUACUGCAACUCGAGUGUGUAUUGGUCAUUUAGGUACUGCACCUCCAAGAUCAUUCGAACAAGGCUCAGCCUUGACCAUUUAGACAGGAGUUAGUCCUACUUCACUAAGGUUUCACAUUGGCUUUUAACAUGAUCAUAUAGAUAUUAGCUUCAAAGUUGUAGCUCACAAGUCAUAUUUACCAUUUUGACACUUGUGAGCUACAACGCGGCCCCAUAUGAAAGCUAACCAAUUUCCGUGCCAGAA